GCCAGGCCUAAGAAUAUUACAUAUCUCCCACUUCCCAUUGCUCCGUUCAUCCCCAUCCGAUCCCGCGGAAAUAGGCCCGGCUGCAUCCCACUGCCUAUACCCGCUUUGUCGCAUAGACCAUUGCUGUCUUUCUCCGUGGACAAGCAAAAGAUCCCGAACGCCCACUACCCACGCCGUUGAGCUAAUCCCUGGUCCAAAUGCCGGCAGUACCCCCUGAGACUCGACUGUCAGCCUAGUUUUUGACACAGUAAUUCCUCGUCACCGUCCCCGGUGUCCCCCCGAAUAGGUGUUCGGCCUGUCCUUCCAGGCCCCGUGGUUCCGCUCCCUGCGUCGGCUCGAUCUAUACUCGCCUCGAUUCGUGACCUCUCUCAUGCAUCUUGUACUUUCAAGGCAUUCGAUCACGCAGACACAUCAUGACGACCGUCACCGAAGUGCGCACAGAGCACAUCAUCACCACGGGUCUCCCGGAAAAGUCGGACCGGAUCACGGUCGAGGAAGAUGAGCUUUCGGUGCUCGGGUUGGCAGAUAUCCCUCUGCCGCCGCCGUCGAAGAUACCAACCGAGGUCCUGAGCAUAGACAAGCCAACGCCCGACCACCAUGUUCCUCGCGAUCCUCGCCUCAUCAGAUUGACGGGUGUUCAUCCCUUCAACGUCGAGCCCCCACUGACGGCGUUGUACGACGAAGGAUUCUUGACGUCACCCGAGCUUUUUUAUGUCCGAAAUCAUGGUCCUGUCCCAUUUGUCAGGGACGAAGACAUCCCCAAUUGGGAGAUCAGCAUUGAAGGGCUGGUCGAGAAGCCGCUUGUCCUGAACUUCAAAGAGGUGUUGCAGAAAUAUGACCAAAUAACGGCGCCAAUUACCCUUGUCUGUGCAGGCAACAGGCGGAAAGAGCAGAACGUGGUCCGAAAAACCAAGGGCUUCUCAUGGGGUUCCGCUGGGUUGUCGACCGCGCUUUGGACCGGCCCCAUGAUGGCGGAUAUUUUGCGCAGCGCAAAGCCCCUCCGGAAAGCCAAGUAUGUUUGUAUGGAGGGUGCGGACAAGCUGCCAAACGGAUACUACGGGACGUCCGUAAAACUCAACUGGGCCAUGGACCCCAAUAGGGGGAUCAUGCUCGCUCACAAGAUGAACGGGGAGGAUCUUACUCCCGACCAUGGUCGUCCGCUGAGAGCUGUCGUGCCGGGCCAAAUCGGAGGGCGGAGUGUCAAGUGGUUGAAGAAGCUGAUUCUGACCGAUGCACCCAGUGACAACUGGUACCACAUCUACGACAACCGUGUAUUGCCAACAAUGGUAUCACCAGAGAUGUCAUCCAAUGACCCGAACUGGUGGCGCGAUGACCGAUACGCAAUUUACGACCUCAACGUGAAUGCUUCUGUGGUAUAUCCCGAGCACAAAGAAGUGCUAAAUCUUGCGACGGCCGGCCCGUCGUACACGGUGAAGGGAUAUGCAUACGCGGGAGGUGGUCGAAGAAUCACAAGAGUCGAGAUUUCUCUGGACAAAGGCAAAUCCUGGCGAUUGGCGGACAUCUCGUAUGCCGAGGACAAAUAUCGCGAUUUCGAAGGCGAGCUCUUCGGUGGCAAGGUGGACAUGUACUGGCGGGAGUCCUGUUUCUGCUGGUGCUUUUGGUCGAUGGACAUCGCUGUUUCAGAACUGGAGAAUACCGACGCUAUCCUUGUGCGGUCCAUGGACGAAGCACUGAGCAUUCAGCCGCGCGAUAUGUACUGGUCGGUUCUGGGAAUGAUGAACAACCCUUGGUUUCGAGUCACCAUCACGAAAGAGAAUGGGACUCUGAAGUUCGAGCACCCGACAGAUCCUGCUGCACCCGGUGGCUGGAUGGAACGCGUCAAAAAGGCGGGUGGUGAUCUGACAAACGGCAAUUGGGGAGAACGGCACGAAGGAGAGGAGCCAGCAGAGCGUGAGCCUGAGAAGACGAUCAACAUGAAGAAGGAUGGUGUCAACCGAAUGAUUGAUAUUCAAGAGUUCAAGGCAAACUCGAGCGAGACGAAACCUUGGUUCAUUGUCAAUGGCGAGGUAUAUGACGGCACUGCAUUCCUGGAAGGUCAUCCGGGAGGCGCUCAGAGUAUCCUCUCCUCUGCUGGACUCGACGUUUCGGAGGAUUUCCUGGAAAUUCAUAGCGAAACGGCCAAAGCGAUGAUGCCCGAUUAUCACAUUGGAACAAUGGACAAGGCAUCUCUAGUGGCGCUGAAGAAUGAUAAAGCACCGGUAUCUGAGGAAACACGCGCCGUGUUCCUUCAGUCCCGAUCAUGGACCAAGGCAACGCUCACGAAGAGAACGGACGUGUCCUGGGAUACACGCAUCUUCACCUUCCAACUCGAGCACGACAAGCAAACAUUGGGUCUACCCAUUGGUCAGCAUCUGAUGAUCAAAGUCGCCGACCCGGUGGGCAAGGACGCCAUCAUCCGAUCCUACACUCCCAUAUCAGAUACGAACCAAGAGGGGACGAUGGAUCUGUUAGUCAAGAUAUACUUCGAUACGCCUACAGUCAAAGGCGGCAAAAUGACCACGGCUCUCGAAAAGCUUGCCUUGGGCUCUGUAGUUAACUGCAAGGGUCCCACGGGGAGAUUUGAAUACCUCGGCAACGGCAAGGUUAUAGUCAGUGGCAAAGAGCGUCGUGUUCGCUCGUUCAAGAUGAUCUGCGGAGGAACUGGAAUCACGCCGGUCUUCCAAGUCCUACGUGCUGUCAUGCAGGACAAUCAAGAUCCUACAUCGUGCGUUGUCCUUAAUGGAAACAGACAGGAGGAAGAUAUCCUGUGUCGGACUGAGCUCGACGCGUUCGAAGGGUUGGACAGCAAGAAGUGUCAGGUAAUACACACCCUGACCAAGGCUCCAGAUAGUUGGACUGGUCGCCGCGGACGUAUAGCCGAAGAUGUUUUGAAGGAAUAUGCGACCCCGGAUGGCGAGAGCAUGGUGCUUGUCUGUGGCCCGGAAGCCAUGGAAAAGUCUGCCCGAAAGAUCUUGCUGGAGCAGGGGUGGGCAGAGUCGGAUCUGCACUUCUUUUAGAGGGUGCAUGUCGGAAGAUACAUUUGUUGAGUGGUAUAUAAGAGCGACAUUGUUAGACUGUAUAUAGUAGUACGAUAGCCAUAUCACAAGGAUUGUAUACGAAUUGUGAUGUUAAUGCAUAGAAGGCCAACUCUUAGUUGAUGAAUACAACCACAAUUGACA